AUGCCGAUGCGAAUGAUGGCUGUCAAGCCAGGAGAUAAACUAGAAAUCGAGUAUUACAAUCCAACAAAAAUCUCCAGAUUUGUCAAAAAUGCGAAAGGAGUUGAAAUUGAACACGUUUUCAGAGUGUGCAAUGGAAAGAAUAAGGCGAAAUGUGGAUAUUGGGAGAACGUCAAGACAAAGAAGAAGGUUGCACGAGCGACAACUUACAAUAAAAAGAAGAAUAUUCUGACUGUUCCAAAAAUGAAAGCGGCCGAUGCGGGAACUUAUAGAGAUAAUAAUUAUGAUACUAUGAAAUUUCUCUCGGCAGUACUUGUACUGCUGGUGGCAUCCAGUCAUGUUUUAGGAGAUUCUAGUUCAACUGUCACAACAACGCCUGCUUCGGAACCAAGCACAAGUACUCCAGUAGUGCCAACUGAUGGUUCAUCAGCCAGCACUGUCACUGAGGGAUCUACUGCUUCUGCAGGAACUGGAUCCACAGUUUCAGCUGGUACAGGACCAACAGCAGCUCCUGGAAGUACAGUAACCGAUGAAUCAAAUACAGGAAGCACUGUUCCAGCAGGCACAACCACUCCAACUCCAUUGAAACUUUCCACUUUCCCAGUGUCGAAUGAUGUAACCGUAUUAGAUGCCAAGCUCAUUCUUCAACAGGCAGUACAACUCAAUCAGCAAAUCAAUGCAUUGAAUGACUACUUGAAGAAAGCUCAAGCCGACACUGACCCAAACAAAUCUCCACUUUUUGCUCAACUCAAUUCAUUCUCUACAAAUAUCACAGCUCAAAACACAACUCUGCAAGGAUAUGUGACGAAGCUGCAGGCACUCGCUGACACUCAAUCCAAUUUGGAUAAACGUGUCACAUCUGCUACUAACACAUUCGUUUGCUUCUCUCAAUCUAGCUGUGUUACUGAUGUUCCAACUACUCCAGAACCAACUUCGCCAGGACCGACUCCGUCUGUCACUCCAUGCACGAACAAAACUUUGAUCACGGACGAUACUAAGACUUUACCAUAUUCUUUUGAUAACACUCAGAAUGCUGCUCAAUGUGUUGUUAGUGUGAAAUCUAAAGACUCAACAUACAACGUGACAGUGACCCUCAAUGCAACAUUCACCGGGUCCGAUGCUUGGGUGAGAUUGGUUGAGACAAGAACUCAGAACAGUGUUACGUUCAAUGGCUCGAUAAGCGACUACGUUUUUACAGCUUUCCAAGAAGUGGAUGUCUUUUAUUAUUCUGGACCACGAUCAACAGUUCAAUUCAAUUUCGAUUAUAAACAAGUUGAUAACUGUAAUCUCAAUUGCACUGGAGAUAACGGAAAGUGCAGAGUAAGUCAAUCUGGAGUGCAGUAUUGUGAAUGCAAGAAAUGCGAAUACACUGGAGAUUUUUGCGAAACUCCCCUUGCUGAUCCAUGUCAGUCGAAACAGAAACGAGUAUGUGGUCAAAAUGCUGACCCACAGUAUGGAUUAUGCUAUAAGAACGCAUGUUUUGAUCAAUGUUAUGCUUGCGAAUGCGCCCCUGGUGCAGAUACUGACUCUCCACAGAAAUGCAAGAGCAUUCAAAAUCCCUCUCCGCCGGUACUCCCAACUGGUGAUCCAGUCUGUCCAAGCACUGCUGCUCCAACUACAACUCCAGCUCUUUUCACAUCCACAGUUUCUCUAAGUGGAAGUACUCAAAGUAGUGGUACAGUCAAUCCAUCUCAACCAACUGAUGGAUCCACUGCUUCGCCAGCUUCGACUGGGACUACUGUAACUGCGGAUCCAAAUGCAUCUACAGCAAGUACCGUAACUACUCCAGCACCAAGUUCAUCUACAGUUGUCUCGAGCACGGAAACUUUGGUCGCUUCAACAGCUACUAGCAACUCACCAUCAGGAGAAACUUAA